GACGCACAGCUUCUCAUCAGUCCCUCGGGCAACGCGACUCACUUCCAGAAGGGCUAUCUCGGUGCCAAUGAUGAGCGAGCAGCCAUUGAGGGCGAGCUGCAGAUAAAGGGUGUCCCACUUGACAUUUGGGAGAGCUUGACCAUUACACUUACAUCGACCGAGUCGGACGGGAAACAACAAAUCGAGCUCAACUCGGUCCCCGUCAACUUGUACUCUCGCAAUGGUCAGUCUGGUUCAAAUGCGUACACGGUUGCAUCGUCCAUCCCUUUCGCCAUACCGCUUACACCGGAUACUCCUCAGUGUCUGCACGCCGGGCGCUCAUCGCUCUCCCAUGUCUUGACGGCCACAUUGCUCACCUCAGACCCGGCUCUUCCGGUCCUGUCUCGUAGUAUCAACGUCCACACCAAAAAAUUUACAUCACAUCUAACGGAUUGCGAGGUACAACCUCGCUCUGUUUCAUUAAGCAGUCCGACCACCGUUCAAGUCGAAGUUGCCAGGACAAGCUACCGGGUCAAUGAGCCCAUACCUGUCUACGUUACUAUCCCUCCUCCUGAUCGAAGCGUCAUCCUUGAUCAUGGCUUCACCCUAAGGAGCGUUAGAGCGGAGCUUAUUCGUACGAUCAAAGUGCAAAAUCAAGAUCAAGCUGAUGCGCCCCAAGACAACGGUGUUGCAGACGAAAUCGAUGGAGAUGACGCCUCAGAUGCUGACGACGAUUCGGACUCGGCGUCAAGUAACGGCGUUCCUCCUAGCGCGGAGUUCUCAGGCGCAUUCGGUAACUCGGGAUCCACCUCGUACGCGGCGACGUCUUCCAACGUACCAGUGUCCUUUGGCGGGACUGACUUUCCGAACGAGACGAUUGUCGCCCGUUCUGGGAGCUCUUGUCGAUUCCACACGUCUCGACCCGUGAAGCUAAGGCUUGUUCUCCAUAGCAGCCUUCCCAGUGGCUCACCAAACGGAACCAGCGCCCGACUUCCUGAACCGGAAGGUUCCUUCGUAGAUAGAGACUCCCAAUGCGCGUCAAUUUCUCAGUCGACAGUCCUACACUCUGUUGAGUUCCUGAUACAAGUCCGGACAACGUUUUUACACGUCUCAACGCGUUCGGAACGGACUUUCCCACUCAUCAUACCAGUCACUAUCCUCCCUCCUCCAGCACCAUUGCCAGAACUAGAUCCUUCACUCGACUCUGCAUAUCGAAAGAAGCACGACCGUCCGCCAGUGAAGACUGUCAGGCGAGAGGACUCAGACGUCUACACUGACGAAUACGAGACUGGACAGCCAGGGCCGAGUGCGAUCCCAGGUGGAGCGCCACCACCAUUUGAUGAUGCCCCACCGCCGUUCUUCUCUGUUGGCGAAGCAUCGACGUCCCGACUUCCGACCUUCUUUGAAUCGGAAUCUGAGAUCAUCGUACCCUCUGAGGAUCAUCCUGCUGUGGGAAACGCGCUUUUGCCGCCUCAUGGUGAGUUGAUGAGCAUUCUGGGUGAGGGUGUGUUGUUUGGUUUCCCUGCGUCGGAGAGGUAUGACGGACAUUCGGACGAGAUGACGCGCUCGGCGACUCCGCCGCCAUCACUUGAGAUGGCAGAGAGCGAUCAGGAUGUGACCAACCUCGCGGAGCUCGUGGACCAACCUGAACGCGCAAUUGACGCGCUCAACCUCGUCCUGGAAGAGCAACAAGAGAUAUCCCGCUCGCGAGCGGACGGAGACCUUCUCCCGCCUCCUCCACCUCCGCCAAUGGACGACCCGUCGGACCCACCACCAUCCAUCGACUCCGAGUUUCAAGCGCCGACUGCGCUGGACGUAUCAAGUAGGAGGCCUAGCGUUCCAGAGGAGCCAUCUGGGAUAUCACCAUCCCAUGCUCCUCCUCCGUACCUUAACCCUGUGACACCAGGGGACACGGAACAUGUGAGCGGACCACCACCAUACGUGGAC